AUAUUUAAAAUCAAUUAUAAUGUCACUGUAUAAAAAUGUAUUUAAAAAACGAAUUCUUAAAUAAAUUAAUAAAAGCUUCUGGCUAGAGCAGCAGCGCACAUUGCGUAUAUAUACAGUACUUGAAGCACAUUGUGCAUAAAUAAAUGAAGCUCCCCACUAGUGAGACUCUUUCACCAUCAUCACAUGCGAUGCCCAUCAGACGCAUAGUGAUGAGUUUAUUCAACAGUUGAGGACGUGAGCUGAGCUGUGCAGCUCUCACCACCACACGGUGAUCUGCGUUCAGACGAUGUCAUCUGCUCGGAUACUGUCCGCGGAUGUGUGCGCUGUGAUGCAGGCAUGAGUCUCUCUGGACUUUCGCGUUCAUACGGGACUAACGGGAGGUAAAGCAGCAUGUUCGUGUGUUCUGCAUCAGUGUGUCAUUGACUCCGGCUCUGCAAGGAUCUUAUCACGGCAUUGCGGUGAGUGGAGAAGUUGUGUGGGAUAGCCUCUGUGUCCAGCACUCGUCUUCACACUGCAGUCUCGUCUGUGACCUGGGAUCGGUUUAAUGAUCAGUGUCAGUCGAUCAUUUCAGGUCAUCCUACCAUAUAAAACGGUCAUUCUUCUAUAGAGCUAUACAUCCUUAUUAACAAACACAGGGGAUGUGUCCAUUUUAAACUGGAGAACUUCACCUCUUAAGAAGACAUGGGACUUGGACAGUCUAGCAGGACAUCCGUCAGUGAUGACCCAGCGGAGGUCAAUUUCGACCACUUUCAGAUCCUGAGAGCCAUUGGUAAAGGCAGCUUUGGGAAAGUAUGCAUUGUUCAGAAAAAGGACACAAAGAAAAUGUAUGCCAUGAAGUAUAUGAACAAACUUCAGUGCGUGGAACGCAAUGAGGUGCGCAAUGUCUUCAAAGAGCUCCAGAUAAUGCAGAACCUAGAGCACCCUUUCUUGGUCAAUUUCUGGUACUCGUUUCAAGAUGAAGAGGACAUGUUCAUGGUGGUUGACUUGCUGCUGGGAGGAGAUCUACGUUACCAUCUACAACAGAAUGUGCACUUUACAGAGAGUACAGUGAAGCACUACGUGUGUGAAAUCGCCCUGGCUUUGCACUACUUGCGCAACAAGCACAUCAUCCACAGGGACAUUAAGCCAGACAACAUUUUACUGGAUGAGCACGGUCACGCUCACCUGACAGAUUUUAACAUAGCUGCUAUUGUGAAGGAAGACUUAAAAGCCACAUCUAUUGCAGGGACAAAACCGUACAUGGCCCCAGAAUUGUUCCAGUCGUUCGAGGGAACACACCCAGGUUACUCUUUCUCAGUGGACUGGUGGUCUUUAGGGAUUACUGCAUAUGAGCUUCUCCGUGGACAGAGGCCGUACAUCAUGCGCGCGAACACACCAGCCAAUGAGAUCCUGCAAACUUUCCACAAAGCGCACCCCUGUUACCCUGCGGCCUGGUCUUCAGGGAUCAAAUCUCUCUUACAAAUGCUGUUGUGUGUAGAUGCUCAGAAGAGGAUUUCCUGUCUCUCUGAGCUCCAGGACUUGGAAUAUCUCUCUGAUGUCAACUGGGAUGCUGUGCUCAGCAAACAAAUCCCACCUGGCUUCCUCCCUAAUAGACGACGACUAAACUGUGACCCCACGUUUGAGCUGGAGGAGAUGAUCCUGGAAUCCAAACCAUUGCAUAAGAAGAAGAAGAGGCUGGCGAGGAAGACGAAGGAGAAUGGCUCUGAUGGAUCUCCUCAGAAUGGGCAAAUCCAACAGCGCUUAGAGACUGUCCAAAGAGAUUUCAUCGUCUUCAACAGGGAAAAGUUGCGGAAAACCAAAGCAGAUGCUGAGACCAACAACCUCAAUGCAGAAGAGACAAACAAAGCCAUUCAAGAUGGACAGAACAACAACGUUCAGCACUGUUUAUCAAGUUAACAUCUAGCCGGAGGGACACGCCAUAGCUUUCUUAUUUCACUCCAGACACCCCACUGCAGUUUCCACCAAAAAACCCCAGAAAAUGCAUGAGAAAAUCCAUACUUCGGGGACUGGAAUAUCACAAAUUCCGGAUGGAUUCAUCAAGCUAGUGUGACCCUCAUGCUCUGCAUUCAUUCAAAAACUGACGGCGUACGGUGGUUUACAGUUGACUUACUGACAUAAACAAUUGAAUACUACAAAAACCAAUUUAAAAAAAAAAAAAAUAACUGAAUGAUGAUGUUCUCUGCACCUGGCCGUGAAAUGUGUGCCUUACUAGUUUAAUGGACUUCCCUAAUGCGUUUGGAGGCACAUAAAGAUUUACUGCUGUCUGAUUCAGCGAGUGAUCAGACUCGAGCCAUUCGCCAUGAUUUACAAAGCUGCUCUAGGUAACGUACAAAUGCAGAGAACAGAAUGCGAAAGAUAUUUAUUUCACCUCAUUAUGCGUAUGUGAUGAAUUCAAUCCAUGUAAACGUCGAUCUUACAGAGCUGCAAAAUACUGUCAUUUAUGCCACUGAGAAAAUUUUUUGGCCUUUCUGGAUCUUAAGCGUUUUUGGAGAUUCAUUGCUGGAUCCCAUUGUGCUGCUGAAUAAGAUAUUGACCACACUUGAAAAGAUAAAAUGGUAAUAAAACAAUUUAAUAGCAUCA